AUGUUAAUUUAUGAUAUUUGAUUUUUAUUUAUUUAUAUAUUUUUUGUUGGUAAUUUAAUUUUUGUUUCUAAAAAUAAACAUUUAUUAGUUGUUCUGUUGAGAUUAGAAUUUAUUGUUUUAAGAAUUUUUUUUUUUUUUUUGGUUUUAUUAAUGUUUAUUGAUUAUGAUAUAUAUAUAUUGAUAGUUUUUUUAGUUUUUUCUGUUUGUGAAGGUUCUUUAGGUUUAUCAAUUUUAGUUUCAAUAAUUCGUAGUCAUGGUAAUGAUUAUUUUCAAAGAUUUAGAAUAUUAUAA